CAUAUACACUGACUGCAUCGCCGGUUAAUUCGUCUUCUACAAAAUUAAAUCACAAAAAAAGUCUCUCUCUCUCUCUCUCUCUCUUUUCUCUCGCAUUUCAAAAUUUCAUUUCCUUAAUAUAGAUAGAUAGAUUCCUAAGGUCGGCGAUUUUUUGUGAGUCCACAAAUUUUCGCUAUUCCGCCGUCAGUUUUGUUUCAACUCUCAGAGCCUGCUUCGUUUUCGCCGGUAACCUUCACGUAUGGCCAGUAAUACUUUAAAAGAUAUGAAUAGUCUUCAUGUAACUGAGAAGAUUAGUGAUUGUAAAGCAAGCUUAACUAAGCCUUGUGUUGGCAAGAUGAAUGGAAAAUCUGAAGAUAGGCCAUUACCAAACUCUGCCUCCUUGGAUUCCAGUGAUCCUAAAGUUGUAGAAGCGGAGAAACCCGAGCCUCAGAUAGCUAUUGUGGAAGUUGAAUAUACUGAAUCUGAAAAUUUGGAUAAUGUUGAAGAUGCUGAUGCAGUUCUCAAGUCGGUUUUAGCUGGACUCGAGUCCAAGGAUUGGAUUUCAGUUUGUGAUGCUCUUAAUAAUGUUCGUCGGCUUUCGAUAUUCCACAAGGAAGUAAUGCUGGAUAUGCUUGAAAAAGUGAUACCACUUGUCGUGAAGUCACUGAAAAAUCCAAGAAGUGCAGUAUGUAAAACGGCAUGCAUGACAUCUGCAGACAUUUUCAGUGCAUAUAAUAAUCACAUAACAGAUCUGUUGGAGCCUCUGCUUACUCAACUUCUUCUCAAGUCUUCCCAAGACAAACGGUUUGUAUGCGAGGCGGCAGACAAAGCGUUAAUCUCAAUGACGAAAUAUGUUUCCCCAACCAUGCUGUUACCAAAGCUGCAACCUUGUCUCAAGCACAGGAAUCCUCGGAUCCGAGCAAAAGCAUCAUUAUGCUUCUCUCGAAGUGUUCCUAGACUGGGCGUUGAAGGUAUUAAAGAAUAUGGAAUUGACAAAUUAGUUCAAGCAGCUGCAUCUCAGCUUAGUGAUCAGCUCCCUGAAUCACGUGAGGCCGCACGGACCGUGCUACUAGAACUUCAGACUGUGUAUGAAAAACUUAAUCCCCUCACCAACCCUGAGACAUCAACAUCAUCAUCUCCAGAAGAGGAGCAAAUUCUAGAGCCAGUUACUUGGGAAAUCUUCUGCCAGUCAAAACUCUCGGCUCUAAGCGCACAAGCCGUGCUUCGUGUCACUAAUGUUGCGACUGUGACUGCUCGGGAAAGUUUGGUGACUGCAGGUCCAUCAUCGUCAGCUCAGUCAUAAAACCUUUUCUACUACAAUUUUUUUUAAAACCGUUUGCUACGAAUCAUACGGUGAACAUGGUAUUCCCCGGGCAUGAUCUACCAAAUUGGCAAAUUAUGGACCGCGAAAGAGAGUGAAGGCUGUUUGGUUAAAAAUCUUGGUUUCUUUCUCUGUGAUUUUUUCUUUUUGUGGGUUCUCUUCAGUCUUCACCAGUACCUUUUUCUUUUAUGUGUAUAUAUCUAUACCAAGAUUUGGUAAGAUAGCGUGAAGCUUUUGGUUUUAUUCAAAUUGGUCGGUGUCUUGGAUUGGAAGAUUCAGAGUCCAUUCUUCACAUCAUUAUCUACAGUACUUAUAGAUAUGCUUCUUCCUUAUCGGAUUAUCUUGGAA